AGGGCCAUCUUUAGUGUAACGCAGCCUCUCAGCCGAGAUCUGAACCUCCAGCGACGACCAUGGCGUCUACUGAGAUAGCAAGGCAAGCGGGUGAAGGCGCUCGUGCGGUUCCCCUGUCUGGCCAUGUUGGCUUUGACAGCAUGCCUGACCAGCUGGUCAACAAGUCUGUAAACCACGGGUUCUGCUUUAACAUCCUCUGUGUUGGUGAGACUGGUCUGGGAAAAUCCACUUUAAUGGACACUUUAUUCAACACAAAGUUUGAAGGUGACCCAACGCAGCACAACCAGCCAGGAGUCACACUCAAGUCAAACACCUAUGAAUUGCAGGAGAGCAACGUGCGUCUUAAACUCACUGUAGUCAAUACAGUGGGCUUUGGGGACCAGAUCAAUAAAGAAGACAGCUACAAGCCCAUAGUGGAAUUUAUUGAUGCACAGUUUGAAGCAUAUCUUCAGGAGGAGCUGAAAAUAAAGCGGACGCUACACAGUUACCAUGACAGCCGCAUCCAUGCUUGCUUGUACUUCAUUGCACCUACUGGACACUCUCUCAAGUCUCUGGACCUGGUCACUAUGAAGAAACUGGACAGUAAGGUUAAUAUUAUCCCCAUAAUUGCCAAGUCUGAUGCUGUCUCUAAGAGUGAGCUGGCUAAAUUCAAAAUCAAAAUCACCAGUGAGCUAGUCAGCAACGGAGUGCAAAUCUACCAGUUUCCCACUGAUGACGAGUCUGUGGCUGAGAUCAACUCUACAAUGAAUAGCCAUUUGCCAUUUGCUGUGGUGGGAAGCACAGAGGAGGUGAAGAUUGGGAACAAGAUGGUGAAGGCCAGGCAGUACCCCUGGGGGACAGUCCAGGUCGAAAAUGAGAAUCACUGUGACUUUGUUAAGCUACGGGAAAUGCUGAUCAGAGUAAACAUGGAGGACUUGCGGGAGCAGACACAUGCACGUCACUAUGAGCUCUACCGCCGCUGCAAACUGGAAGAGAUGGGCUUCAAAGACACAGACCCGGACAGCAAACCCUUUAGUCUCCAGGAAACCUAUGAGGCAAAGCGAAAUGAGUUUAUGGGUGAGCUGCAGAAAAAGGAGGAAGAAAUGAGGCAGAUGUUUGUCCAGAGAGUGAAGGAAAAGGAGGCGGAGCUAAAGGAGGCUGAGAAGGAGCUGCAUGAAAAGUUUGACCGUCUGAAGAAACUCCAUCAAGAUGAGAAGAAGAAGCUGGAGGAAAAGAAGAAGUCUUUGGAUGACGAGCUCAACAUGUUCAAACAGAAAAAGACUGCGGCAGAACUACUGCUCAACCAGGCCCAGCAGGCAGGGGCAUCUACCACACUUAAGAGGGACAAAGAGAGGAAAAAUAAUCCAUGGCUCUGCACUGAGUAGGUCCUUGGUCCUGACCAGACGCACUGUGGACACAUCGUUAAUCUUUACCCUGCUUUACCUUAAAUGGGUCUCGUAUUGUACCGUGUGUUGCUUGUAUAACUUACACUUGCACAAUUCAAGGUUUGCUUCCUCAUGCACUUAAUAAUAUAUCUCUUGCCACUAACAUCAUCCUCUUUCAGUUUCCUAUUACCUGUCAUUGUGUAACACAAUGCAACAUCACAGGAUUCUUGGUUUUCCUGGUGUUAGUAUAGGAUACAAGGGACACUUUGAGUCCAUGCAGAUAAAAAUCAAGCCCAUAUCCAUCUUUCUUUUUCUCAAACUAAAACUUCAGGCUUGGCUUCUCUAACCUCUGUAUUUCUGUCUUUUUGUCUCUCUUUAGCUUCUUUUAAACUGUCUUGAUCGCUUGAAGACGGGAUAACAUCUUCAGCAAGAAUCAAACAUCGUUAACUCCUUCCUGCUUUUUUCACUGUGAUCACUUGUUUAUUUCCCCAUUGCAUUGUUAAUCGUUAAUCAUGGCCUUAUGUGGUUCGCAUGGUAUUCUUAAAUACCUUAUGAACUUGGCACCAAUAAUGUCUUUUCCACAUAUGGUCAUCAUUACAUAUUACCUUGGUAAAAGAAUAUUGAUCUGCUCUGAUCACAUAUUGCCAUCUGAACUCUUGUUAAUGAGAGUAAUGCAUCACCACAACAUUGAAUGAAAGAGGAAAGCACUUAAUGCACUAAGUAGGAAUUAUACAGUAUUAUCUUUUCUGUUCUUUAGCAUAUAUUUAGAAUACUUGGUGACAUUAAUACCAUGCGCAUAAUGACAAUAUGUAAAAGAGGAAAACCAUAAUCAUGUCCAAACCAAAGCAAUAUGUUUGUUAUAAGUUCUCUGAGGUGCCAGAGUUUGGUUACCGUUGAUACCAUGGGUGUCACAUGAAAAAGGCCUUUUUUUAAACUUUGUGCUUUAAUAAUUGCUUCUUUUUUUUUCUUUUUUUUUACAUCUUUUUUUGCAUGUGCAUUACUUAACACGCCUUGCUUUGAACACUUGUUUUCAACCCUUGACAACAUGCAGUCUUAAUUUAAGUACCAUAUUGUUUAGAUGGUGAAUUUUACUGUAUAUUAGUUAUAACUUACCCCCGAUUUCAACCUUUUUGCCAAAUAUUAGUAAAAUUAAGUGAAUUGAAUCCCAGAUUUCAGUAUUGAGGUAUACUUAUGCAUUUAUAUAAUUUAUAAGGAUAUAUUUUGUGUAUUGAAGUGAAUACUUGUUGUUUAUUACCUAUGAUCUUUAGAUGUUUUUUUCAGAGUGUUAAGUAACAUUUGGUGUCAAAAGUUACAUUUCUUCAAGUAUCAGUCAUCACCUUUAAUAUUCAAACCUACCACAUUACAUUAACUCAGUUAAGUGUGUUACUCAAGUUUGAUUCUAUUAUUGUACAUUUUCAAUAAAAUAUUGAUUAAAAAACAAUAAUUCUU